AGCAGCAGCAGCAGCAGCAGCAGGACAGCGCUCCGUUCAGCACCCCGAACAGCUCCGCCAGGAUGAACGGGCUCAGCCACGGCCAGGGCACCAUCGCCAUGAAGGACCACGAUGCCAUCAAGCUCUUCAUCGGGCAGAUCCCCCGCAACCUGGAGGAGAGCGACCUCAAGCCCCUCUUCGAGGAAUUCGGCAAGAUCUACGAGCUGACAGUGCUCAAGGACCGCUUCACCGGCAUGCACAAAGGCUGUGCCUUUCUCACGUACUGUGCCCGGGACUCUGCCCUGAAAGCCCAGAGCGCACUGCAUGAACAGAAGACGUUACCUGGGAUGAAUCGCCCCAUCCAGGUGAAACCAGCGGACAGUGAGGGCAGAGGAGAAGACAGGAAGCUCUUCGUGGGAAUGCUGGGGAAGCAGCAGAGUGAAGACGAUGUCCGGCGGCUGUUUGAGCCCUUUGGACAGAUCGAGGAAUGCACCAUCCUCAGAGGGCCUGAUGGAGCCAGCAAAGGAUGUGCCUUUGUAAAAUAUGGGAGCCAUGCAGAGGCUCAAGCAGCCAUCAACAGCCUUCACGGCAGCCAAACUAUGCCGGGCGCCUCUUCCAGUCUGGUAGUGAAGUUUGCAGACACAGACAAGGAGAGGACCUUAAGACGGAUGCAUCAGAUGGCAGGACAGCUGGGGAUCUUCAACCCAAUGACUAUCCAGUUUGGAGCCUAUGGGGCAUACACGCAAGCGAUAAUGCAGCAGCAGGCAGCCCUGAUGGCUGCAGCACAAGGGACCUGUCUGAACCCCAUGGCAGCCAUCGCCGCCGCCCAGAUGCAGCAGAUGGCGGCCUUCAAUGUCAGCGGGCUGGUGGCUGCACCUAUGACCCCCUCAUCAGGUACAAGCACACCUCCAGGGAUCAGCACAGCACCGGUCCCCAGCAUAGCCACGCCCAUUGGAGUGAAUGGGUUCAGCCCCCUCCCACCACAGACCAAUGGGCAGCCAGCAUCAGAGACCAUUUACACCAAUGGAAUCCAUCCGUACCCAGCUCAAAGUCCCACUGUGGCAGAUCCCCUCCAACAAGCCUACGCAGGCAUGCAGCACUAUGCAGCAGCAUACCCAGCAGCCUAUGCACCUAUCAGCCAGGCCUUUCCCCAGCAAGCUCCCAUCAUUCCACAGCAGCAGAGAGAAGGUCCCGAAGGCUGUAACCUGUUUAUUUAUCACCUGCCCCAGGAGUUCGGAGAUGCGGAGCUCAUGCAGAUGUUUUUGCCUUUUGGCAAUGUCAUCUCUGCCAAAGUCUUUGUUGACCGUGCCACCAACCAAAGUAAAUGCUUUGGUUUCGUCAGUUUUGACAAUCCAACUAGUGCUCAGGCAGCCAUUCAGGCCAUGAACGGCUUCCAGAUCGGCAUGAAGAGGCUAAAGGUCCAACUAAAGCGGCCAAAAGAUGCUAACAGACCCUACUGACCCCUGCUCACCCUGGCCCUGCAAACAGGUUGGAUGCCCUGCAGCGUUUGAAGAGUAUUCCCCUUUUCCCAAGUGCAGUAUCCAAACUUGUAACUCUCUUUCUUUGCAACAUAUAAUGGAUGAGGAGGAGGAGGAAGAAGAGGAACCAGUGGAGGAGAAGAAACACCGGUGAAAACAAAGAGAGCCAUUUCGGUUGUAUCUUUUCUUUUUCUUUUUUAAUUUUCCAAUUGAUUUUGUUUGUUUCUUAACAAGAAGGGAAGGAAGGACGAAUAGACAAAAGGAAGAGAGACACAACGAUGUUGGACAAAGGCAAACAGGUGCAAAGAUUUGCUUAAACUCUGAAACGGCGGCUGCUUGAGAAGACUUUGUGAAUUCCUCAUGUGGAAAAAGGCAGGAUUCUUGAAAGGGAUAAAAAACAAACCAGCCCAGGAUUGUCAGCUGGGACAGCUCAGUUGCAAGGACAAAAACCUACCUUUUUAAAGCACUCAUUUGCUGCUACAAAUUUCAAAGGAGGAACUAGGAAAGAGGCUCCAAACGGAUAUAAACCAAAGCCAGUGGGAAUGGACCAGGCUUGUAUGUCUCACCUGGAUAACAUUUUGUUUAAAAGGGAAAAAGGAAUUGAUUUUUUUUCCACAUCUGGCUGGAAAAAAACAGAAAAAGAAAUCAAAUGAUAAGAGGAUGUUGGACUUAUAGAAGAUAUAUAUAAAUAAGUAUAUAUAUAUAUAUCUAUAUAUAUAUAUCUAUAUAUAUAUAUAUAUCUCCCAUGGAGCAGGGCGGCGGGAUCUGUUUCUCCCUGCCUGCUUGUCACUGGCACAGGGACAUAGGAUUACUUCUUUCAAGUCAUAUCAUUCCUUAGAGUUUAGGGACCAAAGGACUAUUGCUUUUUUAAAUAUAUAUAUAAAUAAAUUAAUUUAAAAAAAAACAAAAAGAAAAGAAAAAAGGUAAAAGUAUCAUGUAAAAGCUGCAAGCAUUUCAAAGAGAAACACAAAUCAAGGUAACUAAGAGGAACUUUGUUUGCAGUGUAGUGUGUUCCAGUGGCCUAGUGACUGCAUAGGUGGUAGGAGUUCAAAGGAGUAAGUAGCUGGGGAAUUUUUCUGAGGUUAUGGAACGUGGAAAGAUAGUAUUUCUAUUACAGCAGCCUCUUCUCCCCUCCCCUCCACCCACCCAGCAAAACAAAAAAAA